AGCACACAAUGUCAUGUCUAAACCCCAUGCCCAUGAUGGCCGUUUGUCACAUUCAGUGUUGCAGGCUCCUCCCUCUGAACUUUGGAAAAAAUAUUUCUUUGGAAAUCUGUGUUUGCUGAACAAUCCUACUUUCCCUCCUGCUCAUCUCAGCCACGGACACAACCACAUAGAAAUAUGUUUGUUGCCUGGAUCCCAUUGUUUCUUCUCCUGCUAGCUGCAGGAGCGAGGGCAUUCAUGAUCCACAACAGCCAGCGCAGCCUGUGUCUGCAAGAUUCAGCAGCUACAGGUCAAGUCCUGCUGAAGACUUGCAACCUGGACUCAGAAUCUCAGCAGUGGAUCUGGAUUGCUCAGGGCAUGCUGAUGUGUGUCCAAUCGUCCAGGUGUUUGUCAGCCCUGCAGAGAGAGCCUGUCCAGACUCAGCCCUGCUGGGGGCCCAAUGUGGAUGCCACAGGGUUAAUGUGGGACUGUGACAGGGGCAGACUGAUCAGCAGGAACACUUCAAUGCUGCUGUCAGUAGAUGGUUGGCGUCUGAUUCUUACACAUGACGGCAAACACUCAAAGUGGAGAUCUCUGGAUGAGGGGGACAUCUGCCAGGAAAAACUCAGAUCCAGGAGGGCAUCUGAUGAGUUUGAGGCUGCAGAGGAGCACACAGACAAGUUAGCAGCCAUGACUGAGGAACAGAGAGAAUAUCUGCGCUGGUACUAUCGCACGGAGGACCCGACCACAUGGACGUUUGUGCUUCUGGGACUGGCCUUUGUCUGUCUUCUUGUUGGUUUUCUGCUACUGGGAAUGGGAUCCAUGGCCAACAAGAACAGGAAGAAGAUUGCUAAAUACAAGGCAGCAGCUGCAGCUCAGAAAGACGAGGAGCUGCAGAUGAUUGCAGCGCUCCCAGAGAACAACCGCAGCAAAGCAUCGCCAGUGCUCGCCAGGCAGGUGCAGGGGAACGGAGGCCUGAUGGAGCUCAGAGCAGGAGACAUCAGGGUCACAUGGAAGGAUGGCAACACCUCCUGCCUGUACCCCGACACUGCAGCACAGGAGGGGAACCAGAACCAGGAGGACAAUCAGGAGCAGGAAGAGAACCAGGAGCAGGAUGGAAACCAGGAGGAGAAGCAGGAAGAAAACCAGGAGCAAGAGGAGAACCAGGAGCAGGAGUCAGCUGUGGAGCCAGUGAAGACGACGGAGUGAUGAGUCGAGACACCAACAGCAGCUGGGACAGUGUUUACCAUGUUGUUCAUGAAGACUUGUUAGAACUUGUUAGGGUUGAACCCUUCACCGCCUACAGGAUGCCAACAGUAUUUACAACUUUGAUUGGCAGCUAAUAAAGCAUUAAAACACAUUCA